CAAUUUAAAAACCAACGAAGAAGAGUGUUCAGCUUUGUUGACAACACCGGGAAAACACUUCAUUCGGUUGACUCGGUGUCAUGGAUCGAUGCUUUAGUGUCGGCAGGGACGGUUCUGAUCCUCCCUCCCCACCUCCUCCAACAUCACCUCCCCCUCACGUACCCCCUUCUCCUCAUCACCCCCCUCCUGCUCCUCCCUCCUCACCCCCUUCAGCCCCCACUCAUACUCCUCCUCCACCACCUCCUCCUCCUUCCCGACAAGCCAGGCUGAGUUACGCCAGAGCCAUGGUGGACGUCAGUAAGUGGCCACUGUUCUCCUUGUUGAGCUCUGAGGAGUUAGCCAAGAUCCGACAGGCCUGUGUGUUUGGAAUGUCUGCAAACGAAGCUAUUUACAUCACACACAGCAAUGAGGUGUUUGCGUUUGGGUCGAACUGCAGUAGCUGCCUCGGUACAGGAGACAGUCAAAGCACUAUUGUACCAAAAGAACUGGACUUACUGAGAGGGAAGAAGGUAGUGGGUCUGAGCUAUGGUUGUGGACCCCAUGUCCUGUUGGUUACUGCUGAUGGACAGCUUUUUGCUUGGGGACAUAACGGUUACGGUCAGCUGGGGAAUGGGACGACCAACCAGGGCAUGUCUCCGGUGCUGUUGAGUGGUAAUCUGCUGAGCAAAAAAGUGCAAGAAGUGGCCUGUGGUUCGCAUCACUCCAUGGCCCUGACUCAGGAUGGAGAGGUCUUUGCAUGGGGUUAUAAUAACUGUGGGCAGAUUGGUUCCGGCUCCACAGCCAACCAGCCGUAUCCCAAGAAAGUGGGCAGCUUCCUGCUGGGAAAGACCACUGUGGGCAUUGCCUGUGGGCAGUCCAGCUCCAUGGCUUUGUUGAGUAAUGGAGAGGUAUACGGCUGGGGCUAUAAUGGGAACGGGCACCUGGGUAUCGGAAACAAUGCCAACCAGCUGACACCGUGCCGCGUCACUACCCUCCAAGGGCUGUGCAUUCAACAGAUUGUGUCAGGCUGGGGCCACUGCCUGGCUCUAACAGAUGAAGGGCUGCUGUACGCCUGGGGUUCAAACACCUUCGGUCAGCUGGGAACCGGCAACAAAAACCACCAGCUGAGCCCAGUGCACGUCAUGAUAGAUAAAGAGAGCAGGGUCGUAGAGGUUGCAGCGUGCCACUCGACACAAACAUCAGCCGCCAAGACUCAAAGUGGGCAGGUCUAUAUGUGGGGUCAGUGUCGGGGUCAGUCCAUCCUCGUGCCGUACCUCACACACUUCGCUAACACAGACGACGUCUUCGCCUGCUUCGCGUCGCCCCCUGUCAUGUGGAGGUUCAUGUCCAUGGAGCACGACGACUUCAUGACCAUCUCUGAGGCUCUGAGGAAGGAGUUUGACAGUCCUGAAACAGCUGAUCUGAAGUUCAGCGUCGACGGAAAAUGCAUCCAUGUCCACAAAGCAGUUCUGAAGAUCAGGUGUGAACAUUUCCGCUUGAUGUUUCGGUCCCAGUGGACAGAAGAUCAGCAGGACGUCAUCGAGAUCAGCCAGUUCUCUUACCCUGUCUACAGAUCUUUCCUACAGUUUCUCUACACAGACACGGUGGACCUUCCACCUGAGGACGCCAUCGGUCUUUUGGAUCUGGCCACAUCCUACUGUGAAAAUGGCCUAAAGCGUCUGUGUCAGCAGAUCAUAAAGAGAGGCAUCACUGUGGAAAACGCCUUUACCCUGCUCUCUGCUGCCAUACGAUAUGAUGCACAGGACCUCGAAGAGUUUUGUUUCCGGUUUUGUGUGAAUCAUCUCACUCUGGUGACUCAGACUGAUGCCUUCUGGCAGGUGGAUGGAGCCAUGCUUAAGGACUUUAUCACCAGAGCAAGCCACUGUGGAGCCUUCAAGAACUGAGUGGUACCUCUGACUUCAAAACAUGUCUCUUAAAAAAACUCAAAUGUGCUCUGAUGGUUUCAGCCCUGGAAGUCACUGCUCUAAAUGAUAUCCGCUCACAUUCCUGCUGAUCCACUGGGUCUUUCUGGAUAUCUGUGGAUUUAAUAUUCGCACUUUGGCUAUUUCCUGUGGAGUCACUCAACAAAUGGUGCAAAGCCAAACGCAGUGCCGUUUUAUUUUCAUUGUAUUUUUCACAUACUUGAAAUCUUUUUUGCUUGGCCAGUAAUUAACCUUCGCUGACAUUCUACUUUGACUUUCUGAAAAAUGUAUAUAGAGACCAAAAACGUGAAAGGAAAAGGCAUAUAGAUAAGAGAAGUGUUAAUAGUGUUAAAAUAAAUAAAGUUUAUUAAUGUAUAUAAAUGACAGGAACAUUAAUACCACUAUACCCAGAGACAUAGUGUUGCUCAGGCUUAUUUAAAGGUUAAUGAAGGUGUCCUGGUUAUUAAUAAUUGAAGUUUUAUGCAUUUUGUCUGAUCAGAAACUUUAUUCUGUGCUCAUUGUUUGACCUUUUGGACUUGAGUCUGAAAUUGCUUUUGAUUGCCGUAUGAGUAGAACACUAAAAUUAUAUGCAAAGCUGAAGAAGGCAUGAAACAAAACACGAUCUAAGAAGCAAGAUGAGUCAGACAUAACUUUGACACUAAGGAUUAGAGUGGGGUUUUUUUCUCUCUGAUUGUUUGCUAAUGAUGCAAAAGAAAAAACAGGGAGAUGAGAUAAAAAUGUUGUUUAAGAUUGUAUCCGAAGCUUUAGUGGUCCCAUAAGAUUCCAAGUAAAAAACAAAAUGGCUUAUUAUGUAAGAGAGGGUGCUUGUUCUGAGUAAAGUAGCAAAUUAGUCUAAAAAGCUGGUCUUUUGUGGUAACAAAUGUUCUGCACUGAUGCUGUGUAAGACCACAAGAUAAAGCAAUACACGCACUUUAAAAUGAGAUAUGCACAUCUGCUUGGGUUUAAGAUAAUCGAUACUUGGAUGUAGAUCGCAGCUUGUAUUCCUGCCAGGUUUUCUGGCAUUGUGAAGUAUUUAUGCAGAUGCAGUAAAUCUCAGAGGAGAUAAAGGGAGGGGGUGAUGGGGCAGGCAGCUGGUAGCGUCACUGGUCAGUUUCAGUUUCCUCUGUUAGGUUUCUAUUUCUUGAAGCACUCAAAUGACCAGUGAUGGUGUUUUUGAAUUGGUUUGAGUAACAUUUCCAUUUAAUGUUAAGGCACAUUAUAACUUAGGCUGGGUAUACAGCAGAUUAAAGAAUGAGGAGCAGGUUUACGGUUUUUUUCUUGUUUUAUAAGGAAAAUUAAAAGUGGCUAACUGAAAACAUGUUUUGCAAAAUGUAAUAAAGUAAGAUAUAUUUUU